UCCCUUCUCACAUAGCUCCGAAACUCCCGAGGAACCUGCAUUCGGUGGCAGCGGCUUAAAAACGACUUCAGCGGGAUUGUUAUAUCGUUGAGGAAAAGUUUUAUUAUUUUCUCUCGCCCCCGCCCCCUUUUGCUUCUCUUGCUUCGGACACAUGAACGUAUUACGGAUAACGGAUUUCUUUCGGUCGUCCGGACUGAAGUUUUACGGUGUGGAAAUUCACCGCCGGAAAAAUAUCGGAGGACCUUAAACUUUUUUUUUUUUUUUUUUUCGGUGGAAAACUUUUUGGAGUGUAAGAGGAGUGCGUUAAACGCGUUAAGGUGAAAUAUAGCGAUUCGACCUGAGAAGCACUUAGCUGAAGUCAUCGCUUCAAAGCUUGCUCUUCAUGCAAUGUGAUCGGGAUGUCCAUGCAACCACGGAGGAGCCUGCAUUCCAACACCAGGGGAAUGUUGAUGCACUUUGCGUCACAUCAGGGCAACAAUGUAGCACCUCUAACUGUGGUUCACCGUGCCAAUGGAAUACAAAUCAAUAUGGUAGCCACUCAGUAUCCAGAGGAGCUCAGAGUGGUUUAUGGUCCAGCUCAGAGGCAGCAAGACCAAAUUUCCAGGAACUCUACCACCAACAGAAGUCACUGGCAAGCACAGCAAGCACUGGAUCCCAGCAUUCAGAACCCAUGGACAAUACAUAUACGCCUUUGAACAGUCUUCACCAGUUAAGCAGAAUAGUGAAUACUGACUUUCAUUCAUUGGUGCAUGUCAGUGUACGACGAAGCAAUUCUUUGAAAACAUCUGCUAAUAAAAGCUGCGUGAGACAAUCUGUCUAUAACAGAGGACACCAAAGGGAAUAUUCCGAGCGAAGCUUUAGUGGACAUUUCCUGAAAGAGUCAAAUUUGAACACUAAUACCAGACUGCAGGAAAGACAACAUCAGUGUUCUUCUGUGAGCAAGCAGAAGACACCUUACCCACUGCUUUAUACCUUACUGACAGAAAACUGUCCAAGUUCCAAAUUCAUCACCAUCCCUUCUUCUUCUUCCUCAGUGGAAACUAAUGCCAGCAUUGAACUCUCUAACACUAGUACUUAUGAUAGGCACUGCAAGAAUCAGCAAAUGAAGAGUUCACUAGAUGCUCUAAGCUGUGAACAGACUAGAACACGAAACCCAAAUCAUUCAAGAGUAAAUAGUUCCACCCCCCAUCAGCAGCAGGUAACAUCUUCCUCUCUCAGAGGUCAGCCGUCCACAGACAAAGUUUCGCUAGCUGGAGAAAUGCAGCCGCCAACAAAUCAACAAAUAGAGGACUUUAUUGCGAAAAGGGUUGAGUAUUUCAAAAAGGUUUUAACUCAGAAAGAGGGAAACUAUGGCUACUCAAACUCCAACAAUAAGUGGAAUUUUUGCACUAACGACUCCACUCUCCAGUCUGACUGCAGCGUGCCAACGUCCAACAGCAGUACAGAUCUUUCUGCAACUUUGGCCUCUGACAAAGAAUACUUUGAAGGACCAAGUGUUGGCUCGUCUGAGCAGUGGACUGCUGCAGUUGGACAAGCACUUCAAGAUGGCCGUUCAAAGGACAGCAUAGCAAAUGAUGAGUUAACUCCCACGUCUAAAGAGAAAGGUGAUUGGACCCAUUUGACAGGUACAUUAGCCACUGCUGUAGAAAACUCACAUAAUGCUCCUAAAAAUGAGUCAGAGAAUAGUAAAUCUGUAGAUUUGGAGUUGCCAGUAAAAACACACUUGGAAGUAACUAUGCCCACAAUUGGUGAUGGCAAACUUGUUCAUUCAGACUACUGUGAAAUUGAUAAAACAUUUGCUGGUAGCAAUGAUGGUUUCCGUAGUAAAUGGUGUGAUAAGUACUUACAGAAUGGCAUAACUGCUCUUAAUUAUUCAUUAACUGCACUGAAGGAGCUGAUUGCUAGUCUUGAGGAAGUAGAGACCAUUGCAGAGUUGGAGAACUUUUCUAAAGUCACCCUGCAAAAGUUUUGGAAUGGGGAUAUCGAUAACCUUCGUCUCUUUACAUCCACAGAAUAUCCACAAAUAAUGGCGAAUGUGGCAGCCACUUGCACAAAGAAUGAAGAUGAGAAUCCAGUGGUUCUCAAAGCAGUGUCUGAAAUGACUUUGGAUACACUGACUGAGAAUCAGCCCCCAAGUUUAAUGCUCAGAUGCAGCUCACCACUUGGAGAAUAUAAGUCCCUUUGUUGGGAUAUCAACAAGAAUUUGGAUGAAAUGGACCAAGUUCCCAAUGUUUUUCGGGCUCUCAAAAACACGACAGAGAAGGAAAAAGGAUAUAAAGGCCUGAAGCCAGUGGAGGCAGUAGGGCUGGACAGUGUAGAAGGUGUGAAUGGCAUCUUGGAGGAUUUUCGAACCAAGUCAAGUUCAGUGGUAAAUGGAAAUUCCAAGCUAAAUUCAUCAAUUGAUCAGACUCAUAAUGUAAUAUCAGUACCUACAAACCAAAGCGAGCAGCUGUGGAGCCAAACAAGUCAUGAGGGUGCAAUGGAAGAUGCAGAUUCCCCACAUUUGCAAACUGACUUAAGCCUUUCACUUUCUGAAAGCAAAGUCAAAGCACCGCCCUUACUGCCUGAAAGCAAGGGCGAGGAUGCCCACUCUGUGAAAAUUGUGAAAGAUCCGCAAUAUGAAGACAUUUCAGGUGAUGAAGACACAUCACCGCCAUUGGCAAACCUCCCAAACAAAGAGCAUGAGGACUUAAGAUCCACACCAUGUUUUGAGGAUCCCCAGUAUGAAGAUAUAAGUGAAGAUGAAAAUCCACAAAUAGAGAGUUUGGAUUUGGAGACCCCUUCACUUACACAAGUAGCUGAGCCCAACAAUGAGCGGUCAUUAUUAGAAAAUGUAGGCUGUGAACAAGUGCAGGGUCAGGCUCAGGUGAAGACAGAAAACAUUUCAGAUGAGAAACUCAUACCAAAGAAAGAGGUUACACCAAAGACAGGGACACUGGAUACAGCAAAACAAUACUCUUGUCCACAUUUUGGUGAAACCAAUUAUGGCUUUGACCAACUGUUAGGUCCUAAAUGUGACAGUGAGAGAUAUCUGGAAUUUCAAACAGACCAUCCUGUUUCAUGUGAUCCCUCUGUUUCAGAAAGUGGACUUGAGACUCUUUCAGAGGAUGGGCAUGAGACAGACGAUGAAAUAGAUGAUGACUGGAUAGUCAUACCUAUAAGCAUGUCUGGCCUUAAAUUUGAACCAGAAGAUGACGCCCAGGACGUCUCAGAAAAGGCUGUUCCAGUUGAUGGUGAAACCGUAGACAAAGAAAGACAGGGUGAUGGAAAUCCAGCACACUGUUAUGUUAUGAAUGAGUUGUAUUGUGCAGCUCCAAAACCAGUACCAGCUUCUGCAUCUUCUGAGAUAGAGGUGUUUGACACAGUUCAGAGCUUUCUACAAGCAAAAGCUAUGCAAUUCGGGAUGAGUUUUGAUGCGGUGCCAGGCAGGAGCACACCUGAACAUGAAAUGGACUCUGAGGGAGAACCACAUAUGCCUCAGAGAAAAGCAGUGUCUUACUCUGAGCCUGAAGACAGCUGUGAAACUGAAGACAGUUGUGAUUACUCAUCCACGUCAGAACGCAACUUUUUGACAGUGCCCUGGGAGUUGUUAGCACCACUGUCUUCAGAGACAGAGGAUUCUGAAAAAGAGAGUGAAUGUAAUGAGGCUACAGAUGUGCAAAAAGGUCAAACCGGGAGCCAGAAGAAGUUGGGCUGUUUGCAGAAACUGAGAGAGAUAAUGGAAACCAAAGCUGCCUCGAAGCACAUCCAAGCCAAGACCAGCAGACAACAGAUUCCCAAAAAGCAAGAUAUAAUAACCCUUGAUUCUGACACGGAGGAUGAAAGUGACCAAAACUACAAAAAGAGGGCAAAAAGGAAGAGAUCAUUCACCUCAUGCUCAGAGGAAAGUAGAGAUGCCCCAUUUUGUCAUGAAAGAGGACAUCCACCUGAAACUGUUGAUAGUCUGUAUAGAUCUGAAAAAGAAAAGCUUCAAAACAAGAGACCACCACCUGCAGACUCGCUGUCACCUCGGCGUCAGUCUAAACUUUAUGACAAACAGUUUGAAGAAGAGAUGCAGGAGGUAUUCCCUAACCUGCCACACAGUACAGAAAGUGGUUGGCGGCAGACUGAAACCAAACCUGGCUCCGAGGAUGUUCAACAAAAGACUGACAGCAAAGAUAUCUCAACAGAAAGUAUAAUAAUCCUUGACUCUGACACAGAGAAUGACAAUGACCAAAACUACAUAGAGGCAAGUAGAGGAAAAACAUUCUCUUCAGGUUUAGUGGAUGGCAGCAAUGCACUGUUGCAACAACAACAAAAGAGACACACAUUGGAAACUGUGGAUGGUGAGUAUGGAACUGCUAAAGGGGAUCUCCAAGAGGCAAGAUCUUCUGCGGACUCAUCAGUACCACAGCACCGGUCUGAGCUUCGUGGUGCACAGGAAGUGAUGCAGGAAGCACGCCCGAAGCAAGUUCCUCAUAAGACCAGCAGUCACACAACUUCAAAUAGAAGAAACAUUUUCCAUGAUUUUGACAAAGACAUUAAAAAUAACAUUCGGAUCAGCAAAAAGAAAGCAGUGAUGGAGAGAACAGUCUCAUCAGUUUCAAAAGACAAUGACUUGCCAGAGAAGCAGCCCAAGUCCAUGUACAGGGAGGCAGACAAGUCUUCAAGUCCUAAACUUGUCAUUCCUCGCCUUUUUGUCAAGAAGUCGUCUCAACCCAACGAUCGCUUGGAACUUUUAAAAGACUCUAAGGUCCACAGGCGAAGUAAAGAUGAAAGUCCUGCACCAAAGACUCCCAAAGCAUCCAGCAAAAAGAUGGGCUCCUGUCAAAAGAAUAAAAGGCAUUUGUAUAGAAACAAACAAGGACAGUUUGUGUCCAAACCAAAACCUGCAGAUGAUGGACUCUCUGUGACAAGGAACAAGGUUCAAGCCAACAUAACAAAACCAAGACCAAUUUUAAGACAGCUUUCAUUGCCCAGCCUGGAAGGCCCAUCCACCUCCACCAGUAGCUUGACUUCCAAUGGUGGGCAGCUUCCUGAAGCCAGACAAAGUUCAGCCUCCUCAAGAGGUUUGUCCCAGUCUGAAGAAACCACUGCUUUAUCUAGUCUUUCUAAAACGAUGCAGAACACAUUGGUUCCGAGACAUUUGCCUUCAUACAGACUAAAGCGUUCUCACUCCUACAGCAACCCCUCUCCAUUAGAUCAGACUUAUACUGCCACAAAAGUCCCAUCAUCCUACUCAAAUAUGGCAAAGGAACAAGUGACCAAAGACUGGCACAACAGCUUUGUCCCAACUAGGAGAGACAGGAAAGCUACGAUGCAAAGGGAGGAGGCUUUGAAAACCGCAAAUUAUGAGUCAAGGAGGGAGGCAAGGCCAGGACACAGUCACCGGGACAGGGCACCUAGACGGAGGCACAGAUCCCACGAGUUUGCAGCUCCUCUGCUAAAGAGGACCAAGUUUGAAGCCAUCCAGCACACAAAGGCCAUGAAUCAUAAGACCAUACGGCAACAAAGAUACUCUGUAGGUGAAGGUUACAAGUGGUCAGAGAAGCCGCGAGUUGCAAGGCCAACAAAAGAUUCCAUCAGGGAGAGGAAGAGGUAUCAAUCCCCGCAAAGACCUUACCAGUGAGAUGGAAGUGCCGCUGUCUACGACUCAUGUUGCAAAUUGUUGAUCACUGUUGUUGUUGUAGCUGAGUCUGUCUUUGAUUUUUCCCAAAGCAUUUCUGUGCAUUACAAUAACAGUGUAUGUUAUACCUUUAUUAUAAAACUAAAUCUUGUGUAUUCUGUAUUUUAACUGUAUGCAUUUUACCAGCUACCUCAAAAUGAAGUUCUUCUUUAAGUUGAAUGUUUUUUGCUGUAAAUACUUGAAAUAUUUUAAUCCUUUUUUCAUUCUCGUUUAUAUGGUUUGUAUCCUUCAUUUUUAAUUCAUUUUUUUAUAAACUGACACUGACACGUUUGAAAACUUGUAUGUUAUUGCAUGAUUUCAAAGGAGAAUAUAACUUAGUAAAUGUUCAUGUGAAAAUGUCUUUAGUGGCUUUUCUUUUGCAUUUCUGUUUUGGCCUGUGUUCUUCUGAUUCACCACUAGAGGGCGAUGUUGCAGCAUAAAUUGCACAUUAAAUUUGUCUGCAUUUUAAAUGACACAUCCGUGUAUUAAAACAUACAGCGAAGUAUAAUCUGUCAUAUUCUGUCCUCUGAUUAGGAACAGAAACAGCUUUAGCUAUAUUUCUGCUUUCACCAUGAUUACAUGUUUAACUGGCGAAAGUAACAUUGUGAUAGCACUGAAAUGGUGUCAAUCAGUGAUAUCCUGUCACCUCAACUGUGAGCACUUGGUCAGUCCAUUAGUCUGAGGGAUUUUUUUUGUAAUGGCUGUAAACUAUGAUGAAAAGUAAAUAAAACCUUCUUGUUUUUGUUCCAGGCGGGGGUCUAGGCAGCAAAGCUGUGGUAA